AUGGCUGAGGGAAAUGCAUCUGAAGGGUCUGCUAAACCGAGGCAAGUCCUCGGCGAUCUCACCAAUAUACUCGGAAAAAGGGGAUCUUCCGAGAUUGAAAAAAUUGGGGUCAAGAGUUCAAAUUUCAUCGACAAAGAUUCAGCCAAAAGGAUCCGUGUUGUGCCUCCUGCUCAAUCUGAGAUUCACUCACCGAAAGCCAACACAAAUCAAUUGCGGUGUCAAACCGUUUCCAAGAUCUCAAGCAAUCUCAAUGCUGACAUAAAAAAUGAUGCUUUACCAAAUGUGAAUCUCACGGCUGCUGAAAAUUCUGAUGGCCCAAACUUGACUGAUCUGAAAGAGGAAAGAGUGAUGAGUUCUACUGCCUUUGAGGAGAAUGAGAUUCCGCAAACCGGCCAGAGUGAGUUCGUCAAUGUUGAAGGAAACGAAAAUGACCUUAAUAUAAAUGAAGGCAGCCGGGUUGGGUUUGGCAGCUCAAAAGAGUCUAAGGUAGUCGAGGAUAUAUGUUUUAAAGCCGAUGAUGGGUUGUGUGAUGCUUUAGAGGCAGCUACUGAGACCGGUGUCUAUUGUCUGGAUAAAGAUAGUGGUUUUGAUGGUUAUGAGUCCAAAGGAAGUCAAAGUGAUGCAAACGAGUGUCAUCAUCACCCACCUCAUCAUGAUGGGGAUGAGCAUAAUUUGGCAUUGAGUCAGUGUGGCUCCGUAGAUUGCGUGAAUAUUCUACCUGAGUCCCAGGAGUCUACUGUAUUUGGGAUGGAGAAAUUCGCGGAGAUGAGAAAUGGGAAAGAAAAAUGUGUCUCUGAGGAGACAGAGCCAACAAGAACUUGUUCUUGCUCUUUUUGCAAAAAAGCUGGAUAUAUGUGGUUGGACCUCAAUUACCAGGACAUCAAGGCUCGAGUACCAGCACUUAAGAAGAGCCAGAAAGAAGCAAGCAUACUGGCUGAAAGAAUCAUCCGGAGUAAGAGUAUCGAGAAAAACAGUGCUGAAAGCUUCUCCGGAUCUUCGAGGUUAGAAUCUGAUCUCGUGUGCCAGUGGGUGUCCCUUUUUCAACACAUGGCGGGUGUACUGGAACAAGAAAGCAAUCAACUCGAAAGUAGAUUACUACCACUGAACGAUUUGAGAGAAAAAUGCAAAAGAGACUUGGAGUCGAUUGGUGAUGAUUGA